AUGGGCAGCAGUGUCAGCAGCAUUAGUGGAAGCGGUAGUACUGGAGGGGCCAGUGACUGCAUUCUUCAUCUCACCUUCAAGACUGGCAAGCCAUGGCUUCUGUUAUGCCUGGAGGAGGAGGCGCAGAAAUCAAUUCAAGCAGCUCUCUGGGAGGUCUUGGAGACAGGCAGGCCUUCCGAGGAUAAGCCAUCAGGAUCAUCUGAACACAUGGGCACGCAGGAUCGAGUUCUCCCGACCAAUCAGGUGACUCCUUUUUUCCGUCCUAUUCCCGUAGGCAGGGAAUGGUCCACUCCGGGCUUGAAAGAUCCAAAUGCGAAUGACUCGGCUGGAAAAGAUUUGCUAUCACAAGGUUCUUUGUCCUCACCACCAAAUUCUGCAGCUACAUUGGCUAUUCCGAUUGGCCUCCAAGACCUACCGGUUUUUCAGUCAGUAUCAAAUACACUAAGGGAUGCUCAUCUAAAAUUCGCCAACCCGCAGUACCAAACGGAAAGUAGGCGGCAGAGCAGCUGGCAGUUAGAAUUUGGUAAGUAA